AUGUCCUUUCAAACACCAAGUUCGAAAGCUACUAUACAUGUCAAAGGACUAGGCCAGCUGGAUGGCUUCCGCUAUGAAACAGGCGUUGAGCAGUUCUGUGGUAUCCCGUACGCGGAUUUGGCUAAACGGUGGACACGCUCAACAUUGAAGACGUCGUGGAACAAGAACUACCACGAUGGAACUCAAUUAGGGAAUGAUUGCGCUGCUCCUUUAGUUGAAGGAGACACUUCCGAUAUCCUAGUUCCGGUACCCCCUAACCCGCAUUUCCCACGCCAGCCGGAAAUUGACGAAAAAUCAGCCCUGGUAAUGAAUAUUGUUGUACCCGAACAUCCCACGGCAUAUGGAAAAAGGUUCCCUGUCUUUUUCUAUAUCCAUGGCGGCUCGCUUUUGUAUACAGGGGCAAACCUUGGCGUUUUCGAUGGUGUCAACUUGGUCUCCCAAAGCGUUUCCAUGAAUCAACCCAUCAUAGUUGUUAAUUUUAACUACCGGGUUGGACUUGGCGGGUUCCUCGCUAGCAGCAAGAUUGCUGACGAAUUGAGACAAGAUGGCUUCAAAGGGAAUGGAAACUUCGGUUUUACGGACCAGCAAGUUGCCUUCGAAUGGGUCCAAAAGUACAUUGCAGAGCUCGGUGGAGACCCUGAAAAUGUCACUGCGGUUGGGGAAUCGGCGGGGGGAAUUUCGAUUUCUCAUCAGUUGACUGCUAGAAAUCCACCAAAGUUCCACCGAGCGAUUUGCAUGUCGGGAGUUUUCAAUUCUCUCCAUCCCGCGCCAUUGGCACGGCAUGAAGAAAUUUUCAAUGCAACCUGCCGCUACUUUUCUAUCGACCCCCUUUCGCCUACCGUUAUGGAUCAGCUACGGGGUAUUGGUGAACAAGAACUAGCCAAUGCCGAUCAUAUUAUUCAGGGUGUUUUCUCAGGAACCGGUAACCCCUGCGAUGAUGGAUGGUUCUACAACGACAGGACUUGUCUUCAUCCAGAGACACCAACUUGGAUCAAGUCACUCAUGAUAGGAGAUGUCUAUCAUGAAGGAAUCAUUUUCGGACUCAAUCUUGCGGAAGAUACGUACAACACCGUCAAAGAAACUCUCGUGAAUCACAUUCAGGAUGAGUCUCUUGUUGAUAGCAUCUUGCUCGAAUACGCCAUUGAGCCUAGUCUGAACAAGGAAGCGCUCAUAGAACGAGUGAGUCAUCUCGGUGGGGACGCUGCCUUCAAAAUACCGAAUUGGCAGGUUGGGUUGCACAACAAGCGACUCCAAUCCCAGAAAAUGCUUUUCAAGUACCAUUUUGACCAACGAUCCCGUCUCAAGAACGAACUUGAAGGUACUGCUUAUCAUGCCCAUGAGCUUCUCUAUCUUUUUGGGAAUCUCAAAAAUGAGAUGAACGAGACUGAAAUUGCCAUGAGUCGUGAUUUUGCUUCUGCAUGGAUCGAGUUUGUAAAUGGUGGGUCCCCAUGGACUAGCGGGGAAGGUCUUUGGAAGAUUUGGGGCCCUGAAUCGGUGCAAAGUGUCAAGUCUGAGGAGGAGGAUGAAGUUAUCAGACUCUAUUCGCGUUUUAAAAGAUUGCAGUCUCUUGGGAACGAUGACUUUUGGCGAAGGUUUCUCAGUGGGAUAGAUGACCUUCUGAUGAAGCGAUCCAAGAUUGGACAAUUCGGAACCAGGAAGUGA